CGAACUCGUCCCGCCCCCGCCUCUGAGUGACAGGACCGUGGACAGCAACAUUCCCUGCCGGACACGAAGUUUGUCGGGCCGUGCCUAGGUUGAACUGAGGUUUGACUCGAUGCAGGUCUUUAAAAAUACUACUGAAAACAGAUAGUCUUUUGGGAUUCUUAAGUGAGUAGAAAAAACUACCCAGAAUAUUCUUUUUGGUAUCUGGAAGUGAAUAUGCCAGGAUCACAAGCACAACUUCAUUGGUAAAGACCUCGGCUGUGGAAACGUCCUACCCUUGGCAGCUCCACAAGGCUCAGACUUGGCCACAUCAGGGACACAACGCAAGAAGGCAUUUUGGAGAUCAAAAAUGGGUAGAAAAGAUGCAUCCACUACAAAACUUCCUGUUGAUCAGUACAGAAAACAGAUUGGUAAACAGGAUUAUAAAAAAACCAAACCAAUUUUGCGGGCAACCAAAUUAAAAGCAGAAGCUAAGAAAACAGCAGUAGGCAUAAAGGAAGUUGGCCUUGUGCUUGCAGCUAUAUUGGCCCUCCUGCUGGCUUUCUAUGCUUUCUUUUAUCUCAGACUGUCGGCCGAUGCUGACCCUGAUCUGGACCCAAAUGAAGAUUAGCUGGACAGCAAUCAUUACAUGAAUGAGUGCUCGUUUCAUAAAAGCACCUUUUGGUACCAUUACUUUCUGAAGUACUGAAACUACAACAUGUUGAACGUCUUAUUCUGGUACUUUCAGCUUCCAGAAAUGUCUUUUUAAACAAUCAUAUUAGGACAUCAAGAAAAGAACAAUCUAGUGGUGUUGUGUGAUAUAUGCUAUGAGAUACUUUUGUAAAUCUUCCUGCUUUGACAGGUACCCUAUUUUGCAUUUAGAUAAGAUGAAUAACUGAUCCUAAAUUCUUCAGAUUUCUUACCAAAUUUAUGGGCAUAACAACUCCUUCGCAUACAGAUUACUAAAUAUGGUUUUGUUCUAUAUCUCUUUCAAAUAAAAGUACGGAGCUCAGAAACUCGCGUUCAGAGCUAA